CACACUUUCUCCGUCCCUUCCCAUGGCUUCGCGACGUAGAGUGCUGGGUGUGCGGUGAAAUUCACUUUUACGGUUUGACAUCUAUUGAUGGGUCCGUAUUCGUCAGUCCGUCAGCGAGACGCUCGUUACUAUUGCAGAUAGGCACGCGCCGUCCGUUCAAGAGCUGUUGUAUACGGAUCAGCGGUCGGUCAUUAUCAGUACCCCCCGCUCAAAACGACGGCAACAUCCCUUCAAAACAUGUCCCAUGCAUACACACUGCUCAGAUCCUAUUGUACAGAUCCGCUUCCAGCCGUUCGAAUGGACGAUUCCGUUAAAUGAGUCAGUAGAAUGAGUAGUUCAAAACAAAUGAAUCGUUCGCGAUCUACACAUCACUAACAGACAGACAAACGGGGAGAAUCAGCUGUGUCGCCGAAGCAAGAAUAUUUUACCCUACACUAAGAACUGAGCAGAGCGGCCAAUCAGCAGUCAUGACUGACAAGGACGAGCUGGUCCAGAAAGCCAAGUUGGCAGAGCAGGCUGAGCGCUACGAAGACAUGGCCUCCUCCAUGAAGGCCGUGACUGAGCUGGGCUCUGAACUCUCUAAUGAGGAGCGCAACCUCCUGUCUGUUGCCUAUAAGAACGUAGUGGGCGCCCGGCGCUCCUCCUGGAGGGUGGUGUCCAGCAUGGAGCAGAAAACGGAGGGCAGUGAGAAGAAGCAGGCCCUGGCCAAGGAGUACAGGGAGAAGAUUGAGAAGGAGCUGAAGGAGAUUUGUAAAGAUGUUCUGGCUCUCCUGGAUAAUCACCUGAUCCCAGAAGCCACUCCUGCAGACAGCAAGGUGUUCUACCUGAAGAUGAAAGGGGACUACUUCCGCUACCUGGCUGAGGUGGCCUCAGGGGACGAGAAAAUCACCAUCAUCAGCAGUUCCCAGGAGGCCUAUCAGGCAGCGUUUGACAUCAGCAGCAGUGACAUGCAGCCCACCCACCCCAUCCGCCUGGGACUGGCCCUCAACUUCUCUGUCUUCUACUAUGAGAUCCUCAACUGCCCAGAGAAGGCCUGCGAGCUGGCCAAGAAGGCAUUUGAUGAUGCAAUCGCCAUGUUGGACACCCUUAGCAACGACUCCUACAAGGAUAGCACGUUGAUCAUGCAGCUCCUUCGAGACAAUCUGACUCUAUGGACUGCAGACACCCAGGGUGAGGCAGACGAACCAGACGAGGUCAAAGAAGAAGUAAAGGAGGAAGUUAAAGACGAAUAAGUCCGCCAGCCAGCUAGCCAGUCAGUCAUUGAGUCUGCUCAUCAGUUACAAUAAGAAGUGUGUGUUAGCAUGUGUGAGUGUGUGUGUUAGCAUGUGUGAGUGUGUGUGUUAGCAUGUGUGAGUGUGUGUGUUAGCAUGUGUGAGUGUGUGUGUUAGCAUGUGUGAGUGUGUGUGUUAGCAUGUGUGAGUGUGUGUGUUAGCAUGUGUGAGCGUUAACUAGGUCCCGGAGUCACAGUUGGGGUGACGGGGGUUAGGGUUCUGGGGUGACGGGGGUUAGGGUUCUGGGGUGACGGGGGUUAGGGUUCUG